AAAAAAAAUUAGCGGGAAUGCCGGAAAUCUGACAACACCUGUGGUGGAAAUGUAAAUAAAGUAAAUAAAUAUUCCCGAAAACAAUACUUAAUAACUUUACAAAAUUAUAAGCAAACAUCGUUGACUUUCCACAUAUUGUUAAACGUUUGUAAUCAAUAAAUAUGUCUAUACAAGUGGAAAACAAACUUAAAAAUUGUGAGGAUAAAAGUGUUUUUGAACAAGAAGCUCAUUUCAUGCCUUGUAAAAUUGAAGAAGAUGGACCAGCGGAAGUAAGAAAGUACUUUAAGCCCUACAUUAAGGAAGAUGGAAGUGAAGGAUUAACCAGCACAUUUCGAGGGCACCCUCUUGAUGGCACGGAGUUGAGUUUACCUGCUGGCUACAGAGCUGUGUUGGUGACCGAAGCGAAGAGACCACUGGCUGAACAAGCUGAUAGAAGAUUCCAGGUUGCUGGCGGUUUCAAACAAUUCACUCAUUGGAAUUGGGAUAAGAAACCUUCCAAAAAUGAUGACGUUGUAAAGGCUUUGGAUUGGGCAGACUUAGCUGAAGCUAUUCACGGAGACUAAAGUAUAAGCAUAUCUGGAGUUGGGUAUAUUAUGCUGAGGACAAGCUGCAUUAGCUACUUUUAAAAACGCUGCCGAGAAGAAUAAUUAAGAAAAGACAAUAAUAAAAAAAAAACUAUUUAUUCCAUUAAUUAACAACAAGUAAAAUAAAACAAAAUCUUUUUUAUUAUGUUACAAGUUACAACUUCCACUUAACGGUAACAGGAACUAAAAAAAAAAAAUUCACUGUGAUGUGAUGACAUGUAAUUCCUUGUAUAACUUGUAAUUUAUAACAGGGGGGUUAAAAAGCCAACAUUGGAGCAAUUCAUCUACGAAAGUAAUAUUGCAAUUUGACAUUUGCGCGUGUAUAAGUACGCAAUGCCUACAAAUGUCAAAUAGCAAUAUCGCUGUUAUAAAUAAAUAGCUUCAAUGUAGCCUUUUUAACACUUUCAAGGACAACGUCUAAUGACGUUCCGGUCCCAAGGUGUCAUAUAUUACCUAUUGUCCCUAUUAUGAACCAUCAAUGACCCAUGAUCUCCGUCCAUGAAAGGGUCAACACGUUGACAGUCCAGUGACCCAUAUACGGGUCAUGACGGACUAGCUCCAUACGUCCGUGGCCCAUACAUGGGUCACUAAGAAACGACCAGGUACAGUGAUGAGCAAUAUAAUGUACCCACUUCAGGACUCUGCCGCACUAACAUAUUUGACAUUUAGUGAGACUUACAGUUCAAUUUGUCAAAAAAAGUUAAUGUGACAUGGUACCAAAGUGUAUACAUAUUAGUGCUCGUGACCGUGUGCACUAAGGGCGGGUGCUUUGUCCAGGCAUUGCCUACUGCAGCAUAUUUCCCUCGCCCUCCAACGGGAUAACGCUGCGAGGGUGAUGAUAAAGGGGAGCAUAUUUGACUGAGCCUUUGCUCUAAUUGCGUGUUAAGAAAAAAAAACUAAAUUAAUUGUUGUUUAUAAAAGAGUUCCAAUAAUUGGCAACACUUCAAUCUUGUGGAUUACGUGUGUUGUCGACAACACUAAAUAGCCGUACAAUGCUGUCCGCCUAUCGCCCGCACCGCGAUAUAUUAUCGCACCGCGCGCGAUAGGCGGAUGAUAAGCUACUGCUAAUAUGUAUAAAAAAUUAAAAUGGCCCAAAAGAACCAAUCACAGAGCUUUGAUGACCGAUUAAAUAAAUCAAAAGAAAUGUACUGCUGUACCGUUAUAGUAAUUUUAACGUAGCAUAAAUGACAUAUCCAUCUAUUUCUCAUCAAGAUGUUUACCGUUAGUGCGAAAGAGAGUUCUCUCGUUUUUUGUACUAUAUCUCCUGCUGUCAUUAUGCUACGUUACAACAGCGGGCUUAGCAUCGUAAGCGCGCGACUCUUUCUCGCCUCGACAUACGUCACCCGUCACUCUCUCACAGUACUGCACAGAAAGAGACAGACGAUCUCUGUCGCGUGCUUACGGUGCUAAGCACGCAGAUAUGCAUUGAUGCCGAAUCGGGCAACCACCAACUUAAUUUGUCAGGCUCAGGACUAAAACUAGCUCUAUCUCUUUCGUGUACCUAUUGUAUGUGAAGGACGGCACUAAUUUAAUCGCUGGGUUAAGUUUAUGUAUGCCCGAAUAGGCACUAUAAGGCUCUAGACAGACUGACUGCAUUUCAACUGCAAUCCGACUGCCAAACGGGCAGUCCGAUUGCAGUUCAAUUGCAGUCGUGCUGCAUAGUUGGUUUGCAGUUCUAUUGCAGUCGUGUCAACUGCAUUUAAACUGCAAUUUGCGGUUGGAUUGCAGUUGAAAUGUGGUCCGUCUGUCUAGAGCCUUACAUAUAUAAUAUUUAGGUCUUGCUUAUGGGUGCGACACUGCAGCUUAAUCAAACGCGAGAAAAGACAACGUUUCUGCAUGAA